CGAAGGUGCAGCUAUUCCAUUAGAGUCCAGACAGCUGUAACAUUAUAGAGAGAGAGAGAGAGCACUGUCACGGGACGGGACUAUUUAAUUUAUUAUUAUUCAUUUUUUUUUACAAAUCCCAAAAAAGAAAGAAAUAAAAAUAGAAAUUGUGGUGGUUUUCGUCGUUUCCUUCUUCCCGAUCCAAUCUUCUUCCUUCCUUUGUCUCCAGACCGAAACAAAGAAAACAGCUGAAACAUCUCAUCCAUCUUCAUCAUCUUCCCCCUCCUCAUUUUCUCUCUCUCUACAUCAUAAAACCUCUUCUCUCUCUCUCUCCAUCUUCUUCUUCUUCUUUUCUUCCCCCAUAAUUCUGCGAAUCUUAGCCUCGUUGCUUUUAUCUUAGGGGAGUUGUGAUCUCCCUGAUCGGUGUCUGUUCAGCUGUUUACAAAAAAAAAAAAAAACUCGCAUCUAUUCGAAUCGAGAGCAGCAGCAGCAGAAGAAUCUUCGUUGUGUUUUUUUUUUUUCUAUUUCUGAACAUGCUCGAUUGUGUUUUGUAAUACCAACGGUGCAAAAGAUUCGUGUUUUGUAUGCAAAAACAAAAUUAAAGCUUUGGUUUUCAAGAGCACCUAUUUGAGCUUUGCGUGUGAAUUCGGCAUACACACACAGACAAGUUUGUGUUCUGUUUUUUUUUUUUGUGGAAAAUUUGUGUAUGCUCCGGCCAGAGUACCACCGACUUGGGCUUGGAUCUGUAACUCCAAAAGCCCCAUGAGCUCCUCAUCGCCAUCAAUGGAGAACGGAUCAUCAUCUUCCCUUCAUGCCUGUAUGCAAGAAUUCAAACUCUUUGAGACUCAAUCGAAUUUCUAUAUGAUUGGUUGGAACGGUAAUGGAGUGUAUAAAGUACUAAAGAUAGACCGUCUUGAUGCCUCUGAGCUUAAUGUCAGUGAGGAUUCCACUUCUUAUACCAAAAACCAAUGCUACGAGUUGCUUAAACGUAUUCACGAAGGAAACAAGGCUACUGGCGGUUUGAAACUUGUCACUCUCUGUUAUGGCAUCAUUGGGUUCAUUAAGUUUUUGGGACCAUACUACAUGCUGGUUAUAACUGAGAGAAGAGAGAUUGGUGAAAUCUGUGGUCACAAGGUUUAUGAAGUGUCAAAGAGUGAGAUCAUUUCUUUGCGAAAUUCUAGCGUGCUUUGCAACAUUGCAAAUUCUAGAGACGAGAACAGGUACAAGAGGCUCCUGUGUAUGGUGGACCUUACAAAGGACUUCUUUUUCAGCUAUUCGUUCAAUAUAAUGCGUAGUUUCCAGAAGAAUAUAUGCGACCAUGAGAGUGGUUGUUCUCUCUAUAAGAAAAUGUUUGUGUGGAACGAGUUCUUGACUCGGGGCAUCAGACAUCAUCUUCGGAAUACCGUGUGGACUGUAGCAUUGGUGUAUGGUUUCUUUAAGCAGACAACUCUUUCUGAAGCUGGACGGAAUUUUAAACUCACUCUUAUUGCUAGGCGCUCCCGCCACAAUGCUGGAACCAGGUACUUGAAACGAGGAAUAAACGAAAGUGGCAAUGUUGCUAAUGAUGUCGAAACAGAGCAGAUAGUGUCUGAGGACGUUCCUGAAGACCAUCCGAUGCAAAUAAGUUCUGUUGUGCAGCAUCGUGGCUCAAUUCCUCUAUUCUGGUCACAGGAGACCUCGCGGAUGAAUAUUAAGCCGGAUAUAGUAUUGUCAAAAAGGGACUUGAACUAUGAGGCAACUAGACUUCACUUUGAAAACCUUGUAGAGCGAUAUGGAAUCCCCAUCAUUAUUCUGAACUUGAUCAAGACAAAAGAGAGGAGACCCAGGGAGUCAGUUCUCCGGGCAGAGUUUGCUAAUGCAAUUGACUUUAUAAACAAAGACCUGCCUGAAGAAAAUCGUCUAAGAUUCCUCCACUGGGACCUGCACAAACAUUUUCAGAGCAAAACUGCAAAUGUCUUGGCACUUCUUGGAAAAGUAGCUACCUGUGCUUUGAUGCUAACAGGCUUCUUUUAUUAUCAAGUUACCCCAUCAAUGAAGCUCGAUGGUUAUCUGAGUCUGUCUUCUUCUGAUGCGGACAUAUCUCCACAUAACAGUUCUGAUGAUGAUAGUGGGGAAGAGAAGAGUUUUCGCCCAACUAAGAAUGCUGCUAGUGGCGAUUAUGAUAGCAACGCUGGUAGGCUCCAGAGGGGCGUGCUGAGGACCAAUUGUAUAGAUUGUCUUGAUCGCACAAAUGUAGCACAGUAUGCAUAUGGUUGGGCUGCGUUAGGGCAACAACUUCAUGCUUUGGGAAUUAGAGAUGCUCCUACGAUAGAACUUGAUGAUCAUCUGUCAAGUUCAUUAAUGGGGUUAUAUGAGAGAAUGGGAGACACACUAGCUUAUCAAUAUGGUGGAUCUGCAGCUCACAAUAAGGUUUUCAGUGAGAGGAGAGGCCAGUGGAAAGCAGCAACCCAGUCACAAGAGUUGUUGAGGACUCUGCAACGAUAUUAUAAUAACGCAUAUAUGGAUGCGGAUAAACAAGAUGCUAUUAAUAUAUUUCUUGGUACUUUCCAGCCUGAACAAGGGAAGCAGGCGGUUUGGGAGUUGCGUUCAGAUUCCCAAUCUAAUGGGAGAAAUGGAGAGAUAAGCAUGGGGGAAGAUGAAAGGUUUUUUGUGAAGAGGUGCCUAUCAGAUGGAAAUUUUCUCCAUGAAAGUCGCACACCUAUGUCCGAAAUGAGUAGCAAGCAUGAAAGCAUAUUAGGUAAAAGCUUGCCAUCACGCCAAGUGACUCAUAUAAUUUCAGAGUCAUCACCAGAUAUGCCAGCUGCUGAUGUAACGUUAUCAAGGUGUACUCCGUCAAUGCCUAGCACACAUUUUUUUGGAGAUGCGCAGAAGGUUCAACAUAGUGGUAGUAACUCCAAUUACUUGUCCGAGCAGGAAGACAUGUUAAGUGUCUCAAAUUUUGUUGAUCUGGAGUGGCUUUCGUCAUCGGAAAAUCUAUGCGAGAACGAUCCAUUGUACAGGCCAUCAACGCUUGCAAGCUGUUCAACCGCGGAAAUGUCAUCAUCAGAGAAUAUCAUCAGUGAAGUAAAACAGUCAACGCCAGCUCUGAGCGAGCGUGGAUCAAGCAGCAGGAAGGGAAAGGAACCUAUGGGAACCGAACCGUCUGUACACCCAAAUAUUCGCGAAGAUUUAUCGGAUGGCUUCAAACAAUGGGUUGCAUAUGGAGAGGCACUCUGCCAUUGA